AUGGCCGGAGGACUACGUUGGGUUAGGUUAGAGUUGACCCAUGGGUCACCCAACCCGGUGGGUAGCGGUGACGACCCAACCAGAAAUGAUGAUGAUGAUGAUGAUAAUGUUGAUGAUGAUGAUGAUGAUAAUGUUGAUGAUGAUGAUGAUGAUAAUGUUGAUGAUGAUGAUGAUGAUAAUGUUGAUAGUAAAGAUAUAAGUUGA